GUUCUGCAGUAUUUCAAUGUUUAUAUGACAUUUGCUGAACAAAUUAAUGUGCCUUUGGGGCUGGAGUACGGUAAUUUACGAAGGCUAUAUUACCAAUCGGUUUGUAUAAAACCCUAGGUCCCUUUAAGGAAGCUCAGAGUUACUGCGCUACAGCGGUCCAAUAGCGAAUCGGCAUUCAAUAAUAUCCUACCAAUCAAUGUUGUCUAUGUUGCUUGGUCCUUCCUCUGCACUGGGUCGGGCCCCCUAAGGUGUUGUACUGCAGUAGCACUUAAACUGUCAAAAUAUCCGCCUUAAAACGCUCAAUUUUCCCUAUUCAUUAACCAUGUUUUUUUGUAUCUUCACCGUCGAGGCUAGCCGAAACGUCGCUGUCAUCUUCAUCUAGCGACAGGUUCCCCCUACAAUUAUGGAGGCUUAAAUUUGAGUGGUGUUGUGGGGGAGAGGGCCCGUUCCCUCUGGUUGGAUGGACUUACUGUAGCGGAGGGAUUCCACAGAAGGUUUUUGGAACGUUUGCCUUUUGUAUAAAGAAGUAAGCAGAAGAAGCAGAAGGAAAUAUUUUUUGCAAACAGAGAAUAUAUAUUUAUAAAGAUUUUGUAUCCAUUACUUUCACAACACUGUUGAAUGUGCCAAAUGCGGGCUCCCCGUGUGUGGGUCUGGCUGCUGUCAUGGUGGAUUGAUCUGCCCUGAGAAGGGCCUGGGGGUGGCUAGGGUGCGGUGGAACCCCAACACAAGCACUUUGCUAGCACCCCGACACUCUCCACAGACAGACUGCCUCGACACACUGUGGAGCUUUUUUUUUUCAGCAACAUUAUUAUCAUAAUUGUCAGUAUCAUUUUUUAAAAUGUAUUGUCAGUAUCAUUUAUUAUUAAUAAUAUCAAAGUAAUCCUUCCACAAGCCAUUCACAUUGUUUAUUUUUUCACCUAGUGGUAGGCUACUUGGGGAAAUAUUAUUGCAGUUCAGAAGAGGGAAAGAUUUCUGCUUGAUUUGGAGUGGGGCUGGGAGUUGGUUGUAGUCAGUGGGGUGGGGCCGUUGUUUUUAAGUGGGUGCAUAAGGGCCGUCACUUCAGGGACCGACGGGGGCCAGGAUGAGCUCGGCAACGCCCGACUGCACGCCGAAGUGCCGCUCCCUGCUGCACGCAGACGAGGUGCUGGCGGCGCUGACGGCGGGGUCCGAGGGCCGGCUGAGGGCCUUCCUGCUGGGCCACUGCCAUAACGGGGCCACGGUGCGGGACCGCCACGGCCGCACCACCCUCCACCUGGCCGCCUCGCUGGGCCGCCGCGCCCUCCUGGAGUGGCUGCUGGAGAGCCGGAGCGCAGACCUGCUGCUGAAGGACAAGGAGUCCGGCUGGACCGCCGUGCACCGCAGCGCCUUCUACGGACACAUCCACUGCCUGGUGGCUGUCGUCAAGCGAGGAGGAUGCCUCACCACUCUGGACAGAGAGGGUCUCACCGCACUGGACCUGACUAUGAAAGACAGGCCCGCCCACGUGGUCUUCCGUAACUCUGACCCUACAGAGGUUUAUACCUGGGGGAACAACACCAACUUCAGCCUGGGCCAUGGAAACCAGGAGAGCCGUCACCACCCUGAGCUCGUGGACGUGUUCGCCAGGACGGGCGUCUAUGUCAAACAGGUGGUGCUGUGUAAAUUCCACUCGGUGUUCCUGUCUCAGAAUGGGCGGGUGUUUACCUGUGGACAUGGACAGGGCGGUCGUCUCGGGCAUGGAGAUGAACAGACAUAUAUGGUGCCGCGGAUGGUAGAGAGCCUCCAUCACUGCUCUCAGGUGGCUGCAGCAAAGGAUCACACCGUGGUACUGACGGAGGAGGGCUACGUCUACACCUUUGGUCUCAACACCUUCCACCAGCUGGGCCUGGUGCCGCCUCCGGCCUCCGCCCACCAGCCGAAACAGGUAUCAUCCAAGUGUCUGAAAGGGAGGACUGUUAUUGGUGUAGCAGCCGGAAGGUUCCACACGGUCCUGUGGACUCGGGAGGCGGUGUACACCAUGGGCCUGAACGGGGGCCAGCUGGGCUACCUCCAGGAUCCAAAUGGAGUGAGGUGUGUGACCGCGCCUCGCCAGGUGUCUGCCCUCCACCACAAGGAAGUGGCCAUCGCCAUGGCAGCAGCCAGCAACGGGGCCACCGUGUGUGUGACGGAGAAGGGGGAUGUUUACCUGCUGACCGACUACCAGUGCAAGAAGCUAGCAUCGCGGCAACUGAACAUUAAGAAGGUUGUGGUGAGUGGAGGUAGCCUGGAUCACCGCGUGGCUCCUCAGGUGCUGAUUGAGGCCAGUGGGGAGAAGGUGUCCAUUCUGGCUCUGGACCAGGCUGGAAGGGUGUUCAGCUGGAAGGCAGCAGGCAGCUCUGUGAAGCAGUGCAGGUGGGCGUACGGGCGGCAGGUGUUCGUGUCGGACAUCGCCCUCAGCAGGAACCACAUGAUGUUUGUCACCCAGGAGGGGGAGGGAUUCAGCGGCCAAUGGCUGUCUGAGCAAAAGAAGGCCGGAGACAAGAAAGACACUGGGAGCGGGGUGGAGCUGACAGGUCAUACCGAGGUCAGUGGUGUGUAUGAGAGGAUCCGCCUGGAGAGGCUGCCGUAUAUCCACAGAGCCGUCAGCAUCACCAUGGACUCAAAGGGACGUAACUUUGGCGUUCUGCAGUCUGACCCCAAAGCCAGUCUGUUUGAGGUGCCCACCAUCUCCCCUUCCUCCUUCUCCCAACACUUCCUGAACCUCCUGACCUCGGCCGAGGAGACAGACAGCAUCCACGAUGUCACCCUGCAGGCCGGCGUCCGGGCCUUCGCCGCCCACAAGUACAUCCUGUCUAUGCGCUCCGAGUUCUUCCGCAAGCAGCUGUACCCGUCAUCGGAGCGGGGCGGGCCCCCUGAGGAGGAGGAGGAGGAGGAGGAUGGGGUGAGGAAGAGCAGCGACUCAUCCGGCUGCGACCUGCUGGUCCUGGAGAAGGUCCCGGCCGACGUGCUGGAGCAGGUUCUGCGGUACGUCUACACGGACUCCUGCCAGCUGCUGGUCCACGGGUUCCGCCCCAGCGUCCCAGCGUCUGCCCCGGCGCCCCAGGACACGCCGCCCUCCACCCCCCGGGGCCUGAGCCUGCCCGAGAGCCUGCGCGGUCGCUCCGCCCUGGAGGUGUACCGAAACCUGCCCCACCCGCAGAGCAACAAGAGCACCAAGACCACCAAGAAGAACAAAGCGGGCGGGGCCGGGGAGAGCGGGGCCAACCCAGUGAAGACCCUGCAGGGCGUGGCCAAGAAACUGGGCAUGGGCAGCCUGUGCGCACGGCUGGAUAGUGUACGCUAUGAAAAUGGGAAAAUCAACGUCAUUCACAAGAAGACUGGAAGCAAACUCAAAUUUCAGCCAAAAAAGUGCUCCUACCUUUGUGAUGUCACUCUGAAGUCUGAAGAUGGGAAGGAAUUUGAGUGCCACAAGUGUGUGCUGUGUGCUCGACUGGAAUACUUCAACAGCAUGCUGGGAAACAGCUGGAUUGAGGCCACCAGCUGCACUGCGCUGGAGAUGCCCACCAGUGCUGCCAUCCUGCAGGUCAUUCUGGACUACGUUUACACCGACGAGUCAGCCACUGUCAAAGAGUGUGAGAACGUGGAGUUUGUGUGCAAUGUGCUGGUGGUGGCAGACCAGCUCCUCAUCACCCGCCUCAAAGAGAUGUGUGAGGUGGCCAUCACCGAGAACUUGACUCUGAAGAAUGCCGCAGAGCUGCUGGAGUUUGCUGUAAUGUACAAUGCAGAGCAGCUGAAGCUGUCCUGCCAGCAGUUUAUCUCGCUCAACAUCGCCGCCCUGCUGGAAUCACGAGCUCUGGAUGUUCUGAGUGAUGAUGUUCUGUUGGACCUGUCCACUGCCUACAGGAACAUGAUCCCAGCUAUGCAGAAGCGAGUGAUCACCCCCUCUCCCGAUGCCCCUGAUCUCAGCGCUUAUCAGGACAAAGAUUGGGACUCCUCUCUCAGCCCCCAGACAGACAAAGAGCUUGACUCUGUCAGCAGGGAGACACUUCUGAAGAAAGCAAAGAUGAAAGCUAAACGGAAACCACGACGACGUUCUGACAGCUCAGGGGGGUACACCCUGUCUGACAUCAUCCAGAGCCCGCCCCCUUCAGAGUUGGCAAAGGCAGGGAAGACAGGCUCCAUGGAGUCCUUGCAGGAGAUGUUGACCUCGGACUCGGAGGGGAGCUACGCUGCAGUGGGGAGCCCUCGAGAUCUUCACUCCCCUGUGUUUCAGGAGACCACAGAGCUGGAAGAGAAAUGUCGGAUCCUAAACCUGAGAAGCCCACCCAAAACGCCACCUGCAGGCAGCCGACCACCCACUCUUCCAGAGAGCUCUACCCCUCAGCCUAUCCCCCAGCCUCAUGCACAUCCUGGUCCUCCUCCUCCAGUGCUGCUCCUCAGAUCCAUCAUGGAGACCGAGGCGAGCUUACAGAGCCUGGGAGCCACGCCCAAAAGCCCCGGAUCCAGCGGCAAGCCCUCACCCUUUCCGGCUAAACUCUCCCAGAAGCAGAGGAAGAUGCUCGCCAUGGCGACCAAAGAGGGUGGGGCAGAGGGGGUCACCGCAAAGUCGCCCCCGGUGCCCACAUCCAAGAAUGGGAAGACAUGGGCAAAGCAGCUUCAGUCCCCCACAUCCUCCCUGUCAUUCCGAGACCUCCUCGAGGAGGAAGAGAGGCGGGUCAGGGCCGCUGAAGCCACUCUGAUUGGCCCAGGCAGAACCUCUGUAGCGCCUCUGACUGGUGCAGCUGGUCCCAUUCCCACGACGAGGAAGGUGACGUUUAAACAUGCUGAGGAGGACAACCCAGAGAAACUGGCUGGGCCCUGGGUGCUGGCAGCAGUGGGCAGUCCCCCCACGAGCUCCACGAUGACCUUUGCUUCCAUCGUCGAGGAGGAGAGGCAGCAGGAGGCAGCACUGCUCCGGAGCAGAGACAAACCGCUAGCGCUAAUCCAGAUUGAAGAGAGAGCUAUCCAAGACCUUCUGCUGCAUUACAGGGCUGCCAACAACCCAGAUGAGUUCAUUGUGGUGGAGAGAGCCUCCCAAGGCCCCAUAGCCACCCCCAGAUGGAAUAAACACUGAGGGCUGGCUCCAGCAGCGUAACUGCGCAGCCCAGCAGAGCACACUUCCUCUAUUACCCCCUCCUCAGAAAACCCCUGACGUCUUUAGUUCAGCAAAAAACCCAGCGCUCUAUCUGCCACAGCUCUGUGCUCCUCACGCCCUGCAUUUUACUUAUCUGUUCACCCCCUCUGUUGACAAACGAGUGGGUUUUUACCGUCCGUGUCUGGAAAGUUCUCUCGCUAAAAGCGUCCGUUGACACUUUAGGGCAGGGGGGUUUUGGGGACAGUGGGGGUUAGUGGGGGAGUAAGGAGCUGCCAAAGAUGAUGCCAAGAGGAAAAAAAAAAAAAAGUUGAGGAAAUUUGGAGCAAGCGUUUGUUGACUUUACGGAGGGUGUGGAGAGCGUGUUGAGAUGCUGCGGAUUCGCUGCUUGGUGGAGGACAGCAAAACUGUGGUCGCCAGAGAAGCACACAAACUACACAAGCCUGAGGCUGACGUCUGAGCUAGGCAGCAAAACGCACAAUAUACAUGCUAAGAUAUGCUAUAUGUUCUGUAUAUCCACUUCACUUUCUGGAAUGUAUUGAUAUAUAUUGGUUCUGAUGAUAAUAUAGCCUUGGCGGGGGGGGGGGGGGCAUAUGCUUCAGCAACAUGUAUGAGUGUUUGUGAGUGUGUACGUACGUGUGGGCAUUGAGGUGUGAUCCUUUGUGUGUGGUUUGACUUUGCUGUCAAGGUUCCCAUCAGCGCUUAAAACUGAGCUGAUAACCUCAGCGACCCCUGCCUCAGAUCUCGCUCGACACAUUCACGCACCCAUACUUCCACAUGUAUGCACCUACAUCCAUGUGUGACAACACACACCCUUGCACAUGAAUGCAUGCACAUUCACAGACUGAUACAUCUACAUGUAUAUACACACCGCAACCCCAGAUCCACAGAGAUAUGCAUAUGCAUAUGCAUAUGCAUGCACACACACACACACACACACUACGUGGAAGUGGCUUGCUCAGCUGACGGUGCACUUUGUGUGUCUGAAGUGGUGAGACUGUGCAGCUCGGUUGCUGUGGUAUCCAGAAUGCAUCUUGUGAACUCUGUCUCUGGGUCUCAGUUUGAGCUGAUGAGUACGAAGGCACGCAAUAAACCCUUCUGUGCAAUGA